AUGCUGGGAGACGGUCGUGAAGAGGGCACCCGGCUCUAUGUGCCUCCGCUCCUCGAGGACGAUGAGCGCCUUGCCAAUCCCGACGCUUCCGAAGAUCUCCCGCCGCCCGAUGUGGAAGCAGGCCAUGCCCUCCCGGUGUGGUUGCAGGAGUCAUCCAAAUCCUUUCGCUGGGGAUGGGUGCCAUUGCCAAUAAGGAAGGCUGGUCGUGUCACCGCCAGCUGGAUCAAAGGCCCUGAUCCACCUCAUAUGCUCUUGUUGAAGCCGUUGUUCCCGCGUAUCCAAGAACUGCCCGUCCAAUAUCUGGACCACUUCUUCCCCAAGCGCAAGCAGAAGAUGGGCCUUUUAUUCGUGUUAUAUUUGUCCUGGUUCUUGCCCUGGUUCCUGGUUUUGCUCCAUUCUCGGUCUGCUGGAUACAUUGAAGGUUAUGGUCAACUUCAGACACUCUCAUGCUCCACCAAUUUCUGGGCAUUUGACAAUGGAUGUGGGAUGAAUGGCAACGACUGCCGACCGUUUUCCGCCUCGGCCGUUGCCUUCCGCUGUCCUGCAAAUUGUCGCGAUACCAAGUUGCUGGAACCCCAUGUUGUGGGAAACCAAAGUCUCAACUACCAAGGGCUUGUGAUUGGAGGCUCUCAGUCGCAGUCAUCCGACCAGGCUAUCUACCGGGCUGACAGUUUUGUUUGCCAGGCGGCCAUUCAUGCAGGUGCCAUCUCGAACGACGGUGGCUGCGGUGUUGCGAAACUUGAAGGCGCAGCGCACUCCUUUCCGUCGGUGCAAGAGCACGGGAUUUUGUCAGUGGGCUUUCCGUCAACUUUCCCUAAGGCAUUCAGUUUUCUCAAGCUGUCUUCAUCGCAAGCCAACUGUCCAGCCGACCCGCGCUGGCCGCUUCUUGGGGUGACCGCAGCUGCUGUGGGAGUUCUCUGGCUCUUCUGUACAUCUCCGCCCGUACUCUUCUUCAGUGCAUUCUUUAUGGUCUUUUGCCACACUGGACUUGUUGCCGACCCGCCAUCAUAUCCUUACCUUUCCGAGUUGGUCUCCACCUUACUUUCCCGGCUGCUGCCUGCGUCCUUUGUGAUCUAUGUUCUGUAUAAGUUUUGCGCGGCUCCCCUUCUUCAGCCACUCACAUCCCCUAUCUAUCAGCUAGAGAAGCUGUUGCUGUUUCUGCCAACACUUUUCAUCGGCGCGUUGAACAACUAUACCUUUGCCCGCUUGAUCCCUCUGCAGCGCCUGACGCCGAUGGAUAUUCAGCAACAGCCGGGGGCGAAGGUGGCCCUCGCAUUCGUGAUUCCAAUUGUUCUUGGCAUUGUUCUUAGCCAGGCCUGGCAAAUCCGACAGGGAGGGCUACUUCCCAGGUAUCUCAAGAUUUACUGCUCCAUGGGCCUGAUCAUCUUGAUUCUCCUUCCAUUGCCUGGUCUACGGCUUCGAAUUCACCACUAUAUACUUGCCAUUCUGCUUAUGCCGGGCACUGCCUUCCCCACACGCCCAUCUUUGAUCUAUCAAGGGUUGCUCCUUGGUCUCUUCAUCAACGGCGUCGCCCGGUGGGGAUUUGCAUCGAUUAUUGAGACUCCAGCCGCCCUAGGAGAACUUGCUCCUGGUCGCAGUGGUUCUCACGGCUGGUGGGGCAACACAUACCCGAAUGUCACUAACUCAUCAGUACAAAUCUCGCUUCCUGAACCGGACUCCAACGCCACGUAUCGCGGCAACGGAAACAUCACUUUCUCCCUGUGGGAGCCUGAACUUAUGACUCAGCUCUCCGUGGACGGCGUAUCAGUCUUGCUGAAUGAUGUGGAGCGUUGGCGUGGCUUUUUGGACGAAGACAAGGACGGCGAGUUCACUUGGCACCGUCAUGGCCACGAGGGUUUGGAGUUGAUCAAGAUGCCUAUUCUCCAAAACCGUGGCCUUCAUGCAUCUGAACCAGAGCCCCAGUCAGUCAUUUUAUCCAGUGAUCAGUCCGAUGAUCAGCCCGAUGACAAACCUGAGGAUCUAUUUUUCCGAUUUGCAUUCUUGCGUGGUGCCGAGGCUGGCACCUACGGUCCCGCUGGGGUCUGGAGAAGCGACGGGUCUUGGGUCCCACCGCCUUCCCCCAAGUCAUAG